AUGAAUUCCCUCUUCUUCUUCUUCCUGUUUCUGACCGUCUUCUGCUCGGAAACACAUGCCGCGGAAGCCACGUUGACUGCCGGAGCGGCCACGAAACAGAGCCCCGGCAUAACUCUGAAGGCGUCCGUUGAUUCCAGCGGGCGUCUUCUCCAAACGGUACGUCUCUCCCCCACCUUUUCCAUUAAAACCUUCUCCAGACCACGUGGACCGUUCAAAUCGCCCAAUGCGAAGUCAUCUCUAGAACGGACGAUUCGAUCACCUCCCGUGCCACUCUCGUCAGCCUGACAAGCACGUGCAUCCACAGAAAUGUGUGAGUGCUUUCCGAAGUGCAAGAGCCCCGUGGACGUCCAUUUCCACUUUCAGUUGUCAAGUCCGCGGCCCGAUCGUCACUCCGAUUGCCUGCGACGACUUCCUGAAAAGACUAAAUGCCUAA